GCCCCCUCCGCCUCCUGGCCCUGGGGGGCGCGGCCGCCCUGGCCUGGCUGGCGGUGACGAGAACCCCCCCACGGCAGCGCCCCGCCCCCCGGUUCAAGUGCGGCCUCCCCCGGCCCUGCCCCCCCCGGCACUUCGCCUUCCGCCUGCUGAGCGGGGCGGCCAACGUGGUGGGGCCGCGGAUCUGCCUGGAGGGGAGAGAGUUGAUGAGCAGCGUCAAGAACAACGUGGGGCGGGGCCUGAACAUCGCCCUGGUCAACGGGGUCAGCGGGGAGCUGAUCGCAGCGCAGGCCUUCGACAUGUGGGCGGGGGGUGAGUGAGAGACCCCGCCCCCAGCCCGGACACGCCCCGCCCCCAGCCCGGACACGCCCCGCC